CGUACAUCUCUCUGUGUGUCUUUAAUUAAUUACAAUUUAAUUUUGAUUAUCAAUUUCUAACGUAUUUUUGGAUUUUGAAUUUCCCUCGAAAGUUCAAAUUUGAACAAAGUAGCAGUUUCCGUUGCAGCGAGGUCACUUUGAGUUCAGACCUUGUCGAAGAAUGAUUGUUUUUUGUUAAUAUUAAGAAUAUUAAGGAAAAAAGUUGUAUUAAAUAUUUUAAACUUGUUAAGUGUAAAGUUUAAAUGAGACCAGUGGAUAUUUUUAAAUUGGAAAAUAAUUAUCUUCAUUGAUAAUGUAAGAAUUUUAAUAAUAAGAAUAUAAAAUUGCAUGAAAAUAAGCAUGGAAACAAUGUAUAAGUUAAACUAUUUGGACCUUUAUGACUACAAAUCAAAGAUCAUAGCUGUAAAGUCUAUAAGAAACCUAAUGCCCAUAUCGGCACCAUCGUGGACUGACUUUUUAAUCUGUCCAAUUUGUACGCACGAAUUUGAGAUAAGUUUUCGUGCGCCUAUAACUUUAGCAUGCGGACAUACAAUAUGCAAGAAUUGCCUUGCAACCUUACAUCGAAAGCAAUGCCCUUUCGAUCAGACAAGCAUAACAAAAGAUUUAGACAACUUGCCAAUCAACUAUGCAUUACUGCAAUUAGUACCGUCAUCAGCAUCAUCAAAUAAUAUUGUCGAACAUGAGAUUUUGCCCUCUAUUAUUCAAACACUCUCAGAACAAGAUUUACAAUAUUACAAGAGUGCUACACGAUGUAUCGAGGAAUUAGCACUGUAUUUGAGGCCGAGCUCAAAUAUCUCGGCACUGUUGUCGAGACCAAUGCAAAGAAAACUCGUUACACUUAUUAAUUGUCAACUCAUUGAAGAUGAAGGACGUGCGCGAUCACUGCGAGCAGCUAGAUCAUUGGGCGAGCGCACAGUUACCGAAUUAAUUUUACAACAUCAAAAUCCGCAGCUGUUAAGUACUCAUUUAUGGGCUGCUGUUCGAGCUAGGGGAUGUCAAUUUUUGGGGCCAGCAAUGCAAGAGGAAGUACUUAAAUUAGUUUUACUUGCAUUAGAAGAUGGCUCGUCAUUAUCACGAAAGGUAUUAGUACUCUAUGUUGUAUCUCAAUUGGUGACAACAUUUCCACAAGCCUCAAAAACAAGUAUUGGACAUGUCGUACAAUUAUUAUAUCGAGCAAGUUGCUUUAUAGUUUCAAAGCGUGAAAGUGAUUCGUCAUUGAUGACAUUAAAGGAAGAAUUCAGAACAUAUGAAGCAUUAAGACGUGAACAUGAUGCACAAAUUGUGCAAAUUGCUACCGAAGCUGGACUUAGAAUUGCUCCAGAUCAAUGGAGUGCUCUAUUAUAUGGUGAUAAUAAUCAUAAGUCACACAUGCAAUCGAUCAUUGAUAAGCAACAAAAUCCAUCAUCAUUUGCAUUGUCUGUUCAUGAACUAGUAUUGGCAUUACAACGUACUGGCGAUCCUGCGAAUCUCUCUAGAUUAAGGAAUCAUAUGGACAAUUUAGCUAAUAUUGAUAGCUCAUCGGAACCAAGCAUCAUUCCGACAUGGAUUGAAUGUUCAAAUGCAUUGAAUUCGGUGAAGCAAGUAGUAAAUGGGUUGAUCGACUUCAUUCAGCAUCAUGGGAAUCGUAAAACUCAAGAGAAUGCAUAUCUACAGAAUACGUCUCGUUAUAAGGUGAGCUUUUGUCGAGAGUUACAAAAUCAUAGAAAUUGUGCUCGUGGACAAAACUGUAAUUUUGCUCAUUCCGAUGAAGAAUUGGAACGAUAUCGAGCAAAAUACAAGAAGAAUACCAUGAGAAAUUCUCAAAACUCAUCAUCACUUGGCAAUAGUGGCAACGGGAACAACGGCAACAACAACAAUAGUAAUAAUAAUAGUAAUAAUGGUAAUAUUAAUAAUGGGAGUAAUAGUGGCAGCAGCAGCAACAAUCAAAUGAAAGAGUCGAAUAAUUUUAAUGCUUCAAAUGGACCAAAUCAAAAAGUUAACAUGAAUCAUCAUUCAACAUUUGCCAAAAAUAAUCAAGACAACUCUCGAUUUAAUAAGUCAAUGUCAUAUCGUAAUGAGCAUCAUCAUUCAAUGACACCGAAUAAUAGUAAUCACCACCACCAACAUCAUUCUAAUCAUUUAAAGCCUACAAAUGUAUAUUCAAAUUCUUCGUCAACUUCUACUCCGAAUUUGUCUUUACCUUUAAGUCCGAGUCAACAUAAGAUUCAUUCACCGAAUGGUCCACGUUUUGCGUUUAAUGGGAAUAGUCCAAACAAUUAUAAUAAUUAUUCACCAAACAACUUUUUGGAUUCACCACAUCCAAAUUUACCUGCUUCGUCUGGAAAGUUCCAAAUGAAUCGUCCACCGUUAUCGGCUCCACCAAUUACUCAACAAAACUACGUCAAAUCUGCUGAUUUUAAGAAGCAAUUAUCUCCCUACCAUGGACACAACAAUAUGCCUAAUGCAUUCUCAUCUCCAACUCAUAACAUGAGUAAUAAUAACAAUAAUAAUCAUUUCAAUCCAAUGAAAUCUCCCAAUAACACCAAUAAUAAUAAUAAUAAUGGUGGAUAUUAUGGGAUGCAGAAUCAACAGCAACAGCCACCUGCUCAUUUUUUCAAUAACCAUGUUGUACCAUAUAACAAUAACAUCAGUAAUAAUAAUAACAAUCACAAUAGCAGCAAUGAUGAAUGUAAUACAUCUUCUUCGUCAUCUGCGUCAUUUGGAGGAGAUCAAAAGUACGUACCAUGGAAUCGUGGUCAGGAAAAACAGAAACAACAAUCGAAGUCGCCAAACAAUUUAAUGCCAAAAAGUCCGACAACAUCACAACAGUUUAAUAAGCCUGCAAAUGCAUCACCAAUUAAUCGUUUCGAUGUCUCGCCAAAUCAUGACUAUAAUAAUAAGCAUCGCAAUCAAAAUGUCAAUCAAAUGAACAUGGUUCCACCAUCGAAUUAUGGAUAUCAUUCAAAAAAUAAUGUUAACAACGAUGAAACUGACACAGCAAUGCCCAAUAUGUGGAAUUAUCAGCAAUUUAAUCCGCAGCAGCAGCCACAACCAUCGACACAAAUCAUGAAAUCCACAGCUCCUUAUCAUUUCACUCAAACAAACCCGACAAUGAUGUCUGCUGGUAGUAGCAUUAAUAAGGACAAAUUCAUCCGAUCUGACUCGAUAUUGACAGCAAAUACCGACGAUUCAUAUGACAACUUGCCAACAAAUGGGAAAUAUGGUGCUAUUGGGAAAAAUAGUGACUUGAAUGUUUUCAAAGCAAAUCAAUGGAGUGGCUUAUCAGGCAUGGAUAAUAACAACUUUGAUAUUGGAAGUACAAGUAGUGGAAGUGGCAACGAUUCAUUCAAAUCUAUGGAUCUUGUGCGCUCGAUUGAGCCAAAAAAGUCCAAUGAUGCUCACUUAAACAUAGGAUCUUCCGCUAAUCAAAAUUCUCAACAUGGUCUUAACGAACACUUCCUUAACAUGACAAUUUCUGAUAUUAACAUUUCGUCAACGAGUGUAUCAGACGAUUUCUGGGCAAAUGAUACGUUGAAAUGGAAUGAACCGAAGAAAGAUGUCGAUUCUCUCGGCAACGACAUGUUUCUAAAGUCAAAUUUAUGGAACUUUAUAGAUGAGUAAUUCUCACGCAAGUUAAUAAAUCAUAAAAAUUUAUUGAAUACUGCAAAAUGAUAGUGACAAAAUAAGUAGCUAAAUGAAACAUAGACAUUUAAUAUGUAAACAUAGACAGUUUACAAAUUAAUCACGGAUUGUGAAUGAGAAAGAAAGUUUUAAGUUUCCUUUUUUUUAAAAAAAAAAAAAUAUUUAUCCUUUUUAAAAGCAGUUUGAGGAAUAAGAAGAAGAAGAAAAUGUAACAAUAAUUCAGAUAGACUUAAAUGUUAUGAAGUUAUGAAGAAAGCGUAAACUUUUGUGUUCGAGAAAAAUAAUUUUAAAUCAUACAUGCAUAAUCUUAUUUAUUGUGAUUUUUAAACAAUCGUUUAAAUUUGUUUAUGAAAAGAAAAAAAAUUCAGGAAAUUUUUUAAAAAGUUUAAUGAUGAAUAACGUUAAUUUAACUUUUACAUACGAAGUUUUCAAUUUUAUUUGCUUAAAAUUAAGUUCAAAUUUAUUAUGUGAUGCAUUAAACAAAAACAAAUCCUUGAUUUAUUGAUUAUUAAUAGAGCAUAACUUAUAUUAUUAUUAUUAACAUGGAAAAGAAAAAUAUUUAACUAUAAUUUGAUUACAUUUUUUUGUCAUGUGUUUGACAAUGAAAGAUUACAUGAAUAACACAGUUGCACACUUCUUAGAAAAUAUAUAUAUUUUCAUGCAUCAAAGUAUGUACUAAUAUUUUUUCACUGUCAAAACGAUUUAAGAAACGCAUGUCGAUAGAAUGUAAACCUGGAAAAUAAAGAUUAUAGUUAACGUUGAAUGUUCUAUAUUUGAGAAACACUGAAGAUACAUAUAUUAUCUAUCUAAUUUACAAGAAUGCGUAAGAAAUGCUGAUUAGCCGAGAAAAACUUCUUUCCAUUAAACAAUUUGCUCUUAACGUCUUUUCGAGAUUCAAAUGAACCGAAAUGAAAUGAAAUUUAAAAACUUACUGAACGAACUUUCAACUGUUCAGUAAUCUAGCGAUAAAAAAGAUGUCGGCUAAUCAAGCAAUACUGCGCAAUAGCUAAUAAACUUGCUUGAUGCAAACCAAUUACUAUAAAGUUUUUCUUCGGCUGUUAAUCAAUUUAACAAAUUCUGAUUAUGUGAAAUAAUGUCCAAUGCAUAUAUUAUAGUAUAUAAUGUGCAUCAACAUACAAGAUAAAUAUUUUGCCCGACAUAGCACAACAACAAAAGAAAAGUAAUGUGGAUCUAGUGAUGACGAGGGCAAAUAUUUGGUAUAGUUUACUUUAAAUUAUAUUAAUUUAGCGCAAAAAAAAAAACAAUGGAAGAAGUAAAGAAAUUUAAAAAGUUUACUAGUUGAUGAUGUAAAAUUAGUAAAUGAAAAACAGUUAACACACAAAACUUAUAGGGGGUGAUGAGAAGUCAUCUACAUAUU